AUGGUAACAUCUCCCUCGACGCUUAACUCUCUUCCGCUGCCUCCCUCAUAUGCGCCCGACUUAGGUGCUUUCACGACUGUUUUUCGUGCCCUCAACAAUUUCCAGCCCCGGACAGGGCCUGGGCCUGGACAUGUAGAGAACCAUAGUGCGACAUCAGCGUCAUCUCUGGUUUUCACGCCUUCCGAUAACGACUCAGAACCGGCACCAGAAUCUACUGUCUGGUCUCGUCGUCCCGUGGCGUCGUAUCUCUCUUACUACACCCCUGGCGGUGUCUCCCGAGGCCGUUCACCCCGUACUUCUGAUACCGACUCCACCGCAUCAGACCUCGACAGGACGCAUCUGACUGGAGCUAUUGAUGGUAGCGUCGGCACUGUGGGCCAGCCCUCGUUGGGAUACCUUGAUGAAGCCUUAGGAUUCAUAGCCGCUGAACGUGCGAAGUUUGUCGCUCAGCGUGACAUGGGUUUGAGGGGCCAUAAUAGUUCCAGUACUACCACGACGUCGGACAGCGUGUGGCGUCAUGCCAUUCAACCUCGUCGAAAGCGACGUAGGAAGAAGAACCGGUCGGCACAAGAAGUUUCUCGUGUUCGCAUGCUGGAGCGGGACCCAGAAUCGCUCACAGAAACUGCAACAGGAGAUGCAACCGCAGCCGACGAAGACGAUGGUGAUGUGGACGAUGCUUACGACUCAUCUUCCUCUGUCGAUGUUCCAUCUUCGUCUCCCCGUGUUCGGUCGAAAACAGUCAUACCGGCACGGAACGAUCAAGAGAGACGAAGAUAUCGCUCGCCUAUCAGUGUGGAUAGGGUGCGCCUUCAGCACAGUAAAUCCACUCCCAACUUAAUUCCACCAGUAUCUCUGCCCCUUGAUGCCCGUGUACUUCACUUACGCAACCUUGCGCACAAGCUGCGGCUGUUUUUCCCUCAAGACGCAAUCUCCCUGAACGCUAUCCUCUCCACGGAAUCUGCCUAUGCAGAUUUCGUCGAUACGCGAGGUCCUGAGCCGCGCUCACAGGACACGCUCAUUCAUGUAUUUGUUGACCAUUCGAACAUCCUCAUCGGAUUUUUGACAUACCUUCGCCGCCAUUUACAUCAUAUGAAUCGCAGCAGAAGCAAACAUAUCUCACACGCGGCUCUUGCUCUCAUUCUCGAGCGCGGGCGCCCCAUUACUCGUCGCGUCCUCGUCGCAUCAUCGCCUUUAUACCAGCCCGUCAACACUGCUGAGCAAAUCGGAUACGAAGUGCGGGUUUACGCACGGGUACCAGAUACAGGCGACGGCGCGGAUCGACAACAUUAUACCCACAGCAACAACAACGGCGGCCCACACACUACUUCCCGUGGUCGUGACCGCAAGGGUGCAGCGCAGCACGUACGAGGGCAUUCCCACAAGAACUCGUUAGGGGGUGGAACGUCGACAGAGUCGGACACUGGAACCGGCGUCGGGAUCGGCGUGAACGGGGGCGGCGGUGCAUCACGAGUCCGGUAUCGUGAACAAGGAGUGGACGAGCUGCUACAACUAAAGCUUCAUCAAGCGAUUGCGGGUGUAGAUGAAGUUCCGCCCGGAGCGACUAUAGUGCUUGCCACGGGCGACGGUAACGUGGGACAGUUCAACGAGGAAGGGUUCCUCGGCUGCGUGAGGACAGCGCUCAAGAAGGGGUGGAGUGUGGAGUUGUAUGCAUGGGAGGGAGGUCUCAGUCGAGCUUGGCUGAGGGAGUUUGGUGAGGGACCGUACAGCAAGAAGUUCGAGGUGUAUAUGUUGGAUAGGUUUGCCGCAGAUUUGCUCGAGGUGUGA